CAGCUCUGGACCGACAACAUACGCCUUAACAGUGAUAGGCAUCUUUUUACGCCAAUCCUAUCGUUGUUCGCGAACAUACAACACAUUUGGGGUAGAAAGCGUGUAAAGACCCUCUACAAAGAUGUCUAGAGGCGGAUCCGGCUAUGAUCGACAUAUUACGAUCUUUAGCCCGGAGGGCAGGCUCUUCCAAGUUGAAUAUGCGUUCAAGGCUGUCAGGACUGCUGGGGUCACGAGCAUUGCAGUCCGGGGAAAGGACUCGGUCGUGUUUGUGACACAAAAGAAGGUCCAGGACAAGCUUAUAGAUCCCACAAGCGUGACUCGGUUGUUCAAGAUAACAAAGUACAUUGGAAUGCUGGUCACUGGCCUUCAAGCGGACACACGCGCCAUCGUGCAGCAGGCCCGGCAGCAGGCCGCGGACUUCCGCUUCAAGUUCGGGUACGAGGUCCCCGUGGACUACCUGGCCCGCGUGCUGGCGGACAAGGCGCAGGUGUACACGCAGCACGCUUACAUGCGGCCAUUGGGCGUCAUCUCCAUGCUGAUCGGGAUCGAUGAGGAGCGCGGGCCGCAGCUCUUUAAGGUGGACCCCGCCGGCUACUUCGUCGGCUACAAGGCCACCUCUGUGGGUGUGAAGGAGACGGAGGCGCACAACUUCCUGGAGAAGAAGCUCAAGAGCAACCCGGCGCUGAGCUACGACGAGGCGGUGACCACGGCCAUCGCGGCGCUCCAGGGCGUGCUGAGCGAGGAGUUCAAGGCGUCGGAUUUGGAGGUGGGCGUCGUGCGCAGCGGCCCGGACGGCAGCGACCGGGCCUUCCGUGUGCUGAGCAACGAGGAGGUGGACCACUUCCUAACCGUCAUCAGCGAGCGGGAUUGAGGCGGGGAACGAGCAGUACAGCGGGAUUGAGGCGGGGAACGAGCAGUACAGCGGCUGCAGCAUGGGGCAUGUAGGGUGGAGUGGGAAAGGAGGAAGAAACUAACCGGAGGAAUUGGAUGAGCGGCGACUGGGCAUGGGGUUGAAGGUUGGAGAUAUCGGUAGUCUUGUACACUUAGGCGGCGACCUGUUGGCAUGCAAGGCGGUUAUUAGAUUGACGGCGUGCACGGCGGUACCGUAGCCGGUUAGGGGUUUGGCGGGGGGUGCUUUGCAGGAGAAACGUGCAUUGGGCGGGAGUGGGUAAGCUUUUGUGGCAUGUAGGGCUGGAGCCAAAGGCCUGCCGAAGGUUGCAUGCUACAGGACAUGGCUUGCGGUUUGGGUAGCAUUUCACGUGUGCUGCUGCCUGGUUGGAUGGCAUGGUGGGGCCUGGGAGGCACGGCGUACAAACGGUCGCAUUACAUGGUUGUACCGACAUUACCACUGGCACUGAUUAGGGGCGAAGAAAUGAGCUAGCGGGGUGUAAUUGCGGCGGUAAUUGUCGGUUGCUGCUCAACUGUUAGCCGUGAGACGAGUUGGGCUGCAGACAUGGUCAUGGGCAUGAAACGGUGUUGUUGUUGUCCUGCGAUGGUGUGGUUUGAAGAUAGGCACCCCUGUUUGGGCCGCGCCUGACAAGCAGUGGCACAGCAGGGUAGCAGGUGUUACUCCAGCCGGUUUGUCCGUCGAGACUGCAAGUGUGUUGUAAGGAUGGGCAUCACCGGACGCCAAUGUAUAAGCCUUGCGCUCUUGCAUCGUAGUCACUUAGACUACGUCAGUAAGACGUAGUAGAGACGACGCCAGUA